CCUGGGAGAAGGAGCCAUCGCACCAUUUCAACCCCCCUCCUCCUCUUCCCUCCACCAUGACCUAUUCCUAGAAAGCUGCAGCCUGUGUAUUAGCCGCUCUCCAGCAUGAUGUCCCGGGCUGUGCUGGAUGUGUGUGUGCAGGAUGUACAGAAGAGGAGGAACCCCUCCAAACACUAUGUGUAUAUCAUACAAGUAACCUGGUCGGAUUCAACAUCCUAUACCAUCUAUAGAAGAUACAGCAAAUUCUUUGACCUUCAGAUGCAAGUUUUGGACAAGUUUCCCAGUGAAGGCGGACAGAAAGAUCCAAAGCAAAGAAUUAUUCCUUUUCUUCCAGGCAAAAUUUUGUUUCGAAGAAGUCAUAUACGGGAUGUAGCUGUGAAAAGACUAAAACCCAUUGAUGAGUAUUGCAGGGCCUUGGUGAAAUUACCACCUCAUAUAUCCCAGUGUGAAGAUGUCUUGAGGUUUUUUGAUGCCCGACCUGAAGAUCUGGAACCACCUAAGGAGGACUAUGGCUCGUCCAAGCGUAAAUCAGGUGCUGACGGCAAUUCGGAACCCAUGAUCCUGGAACAGUACGUAGUUGUGUCCAACUAUGAGAAGCAAGAAAAUUCUGAAAUAAGCUUGAAGGCCGGAGAGCUGGUGGACGUGAUAGAGAAGAAUGAAAGUGGCUGGUGGUUUGUCAGCACUGCAGAAGAGCAAGGCUGGGUCCCUGCCACCUAUCUAGACUGCCAAAGUGGGUCCAAAGAUGAUUCUGAAAUCCACACAUCUAAAUCUGGUGAUGUAACUAAGAGACGAAAAGCUCAUCUACGGCGAUUGGACCGGCGUUGGACGCUGGGAGGCAUUGUCAACAGACAACAGAGCCGAGAAGAAAAAUAUGUUACUACACAGCCUUAUGCCAGCCAAGGGAAAGAUGAGAUUGGCUUUGAAAAAGGUGUCACCGUGGAGGUUAUCCAAAAGAAUCUGGAGGGGUGGUGGUACAUAAGGUACCUAGGCAAAGAGGGUUGGGCUCCUGCAUCCUACCUGAAAAAGGCUAAAGAUGACCUGCAGUGCCGAAAGAAGAACUUGGCAGGUCCUGUGGAGAUUAUUGGAAAUAUAAUGGAAAUCAGCAACCUCCUUAAGAAACCCAAUGAAAAGGAUGGUCAGGGGGGUACUGAAGCAGAAGAGCAUCACAUUAACAAGAAAGAGAUCAGUCUGCCAAUCCUUUGCAAUGACUCCAAUGGAAACUCCAUGAUGACAUCUGAAAAAAUCAACAUCAAGACUACUCCGGGGUCUCCAGCCAUAGCAAGAAUUGCACCUCAGCGAUCUGAAAUAAGUUCUCCAAACCUAAGAAUGAAGCCACCACCUCGGAGAGAAUCUAGUUUGGUUGGUUAUCCUUCUGUUAUCUUUAGUGCGGUUUAA